AUGUCGGUGUCGCCCGCCCUCACAGAUCUCUCUCGUCUCUAUCAGACAGAGUUUGUGCGUAGCGCCCGGGCGGUUGGCGUUCUCUGGGCCGUCUGUACGCUCUGCUUCGCAAUCAUCCAGGUGGUCGUCCUGGUGCAGCCGUCCUGGAUUGGCACCGCAGACACUCGCUACCAGGGUGUGGGACCAGCUCCGCCCAGCGGCACUCUGGGAUUGUUUGAGGUGAGAAACAUAAAAACACGCCACCAAUCAGAAACUGUCCAAUCACAGCUUAGACAGAGAAAAUAGCGCCAGCAAACUCCAUCAAGGUCCAGAAAACCUGUUCAGUAGAAGCUGGUCUGAAUGAUCCAGAAUCUGACCUGAAACAUGAAUCCUCAUUGUCAAGAAAUUAUGAUGUGUUAGUUGGGGCAGGUCGUAGCGUUCACACCAGUCCAGAUUAGCUGAUGACCUUCUAUCACCCAAGGGUCAAAGUUUUAGCCUAAAAACGGAUUCUACUUUGAUUUCCUGAUGUCUCUAAAAGAAGAUCGUUGAGACUUCUACACUAUCACCCCUUGUUACCUGUGUGUACUCAGGUGUGCGUAGAGUCGGACUGGCCAGUCCCAGACUGUCGUGGCGGUCUGUCCAGUCUGUCUCCUCUGCCUUCCUUCCAGUCGGUGGCGGUGUUAGUGGGCGUGUCUCUGUGGGCGGUGUGGACCAGCGUCCUCUGUCUGUGUCUCUUCAGAUUCUGCAGCGCUGCAACCGUUUACAAGAUCUGUGCAUGGCUGCAGCUCACCGCAGGUCAGCGUUUUUAUCCGUGUGUCAGAAUCAAACUGCAGUUCCUCUCAUGUCCACAAGAGGCUGUUUUCUGCUGUGAAUCUGUGCCCAAAGAACCCGUGUUAAAAUAUGCAACUUUACAUCGUCUGUUUACAUCCAAUUUAGGGAUAAAGUUACAGUCCAUAUUUAAACUGUCUGUCCUCGUACCUUUUCUCAGAUCUACAGUGGUGUGAAAAAGAGUUUGCCCCCUUCUUGAUUUCUUUUUUUUGCAUGUUUGUCACACUUAGAAGUUUCAGAUCAUCAAACACAUUUAAAUAUUCGUCAAAGACAACAUGAGUGAACACAAAUUGUAGUUUUUAAAUGAAGGUUUUUAUUAUUAAGGGAGAACAAAAAUGCAAACGUACAGGGCCCUGUGUGAAAAAGUGAACUGUGGUUUAUCACACCUGAGUUCAAUUUCUCUAGCCACACCCACACCUAUUCCCAAUCAAGAAAUCACUUAAACGGUUACGAUCAGCUACGAUCAGAGGAUACAGCCUUUUCGUAGCCGUUUCGGAUGCAGUGGAAAUUGGGGGUAAAGGACUUGUAAAACUGUAAGAGGAUCCCUCAGAUGUUUGACAAUCCAGAUGAUGGUCUCUGUGUCUGUCUCCAGGUUUCUGUCUGGCGUUGGCUUGUCUUCUGUUUCCAGACUCCUGGGAGAGUCCAGAGAUGAGAGCCCUGUGCGGAGACUCGGUGAGGAUCUUGUUUUAAGUUGUGUCACAGAAGACCAAUGUGUCUCCACAGCAGAGAUCCAGAACAAAGAUUUGAGUCUUCAGGGAUCGAACUCUGCAGUCUGAAGUUUGACUGUGAUGUUUGCAGUGAUGACUUUGUGGUUUAUACCAAAUCCAGUCUUUAUCUUCAUGUAUUGUUCUUGUACCAAAUGAUAGCAUCAAGUAUCUAAUUGGCUCAGAUCAUCAGGUUACCGAGUGACCAUGCUUGGUGACCUGCUACAACGACCCUGAAUCUGUUCUUGUCUCCAGGUGGGCAGUUUUUCUCCAGGUAACUGUUCCGUCCACUGGGCGUACAUACUGGCCAUUCUGGGUAUUUUGGAUGCCGCCAUCCUGGCCACGCUCGCCUUUGUUCUUGCCAAUAGACAGGACGCUCUGCUGCCGCCAGAUGCCAAGGAUGGUGAGGAGAAGACCUGGACUCCAGGAAGUUUCCAGAUUUAGCUUCGUAGUUACCUCAUUAGCUCUGGGUUCAGUUAGCUAGGACUAGCUUCAGAUUUUGCCGAUGUGUCCUGCUGGCGAUAUUUUUUUAUACAUAGGAUGGUAGGAGAAGGUCCCGCCUCCUUCACCUCUGAUUGGCUGUGAAACGUCAUCACACGCUCAAGCCGAGCGCGGGCUGUCGGUUCUGCACAUCAAACAGAACAUUAUCGCAAUUCUAAAUCUCCUAACCCUAAUUGGACAGAUGAUGACGUUUCACAGCCAUAAGGAAUAACCAAUCAGAGGCCAGCACUUCUAGCCAAUCAGAGGCGAAGGAUCCCCCUCAGAUCCCCCCCUUGAUUAGAUAGACAAGCUCUGAUGUCCCCCGUCCAGAAGCCUUGCAGGGAUUAGAGUUGGUCUUCCAUGGCAAGACCAGUAUGGAAUCAGACCUGUUCACUUCUAUACGAAGUUUGAUGACCUGUUCAGUCACGUUUCAGAUCUGUUAGCUCAGGUAUAGGUUCUAAAGCAAGUAAGCACACCUGCUGGCUAGACUCUGGAUUGAGUUUUAAAAUUUUUUUUUUUUUUUUUUUUAUCAGGGAGAAACAUUCAAAAUGAGUCCAAUCGCAAUUACACAUAUGUGUCAAAGCAAACAAACAAACAUGCCCAAUUAGACUAACAUAUUCUCCCUUUUAUUUUAUCAUAUGUAAAGUAAGAACAUUUGAAAAAUGGAUGUCCCAUUUCCUCAUUUUCCUCAGAUCUACCAAUAUCAGUUUUCAGUUGUCCAAGUACUUUAAUUGUCUGGUGCUUCAUGUAUCAGAGGUAUUUAGAGCAGUUCAGGCCUCUGUGCUCUUAUAUAUCUGAUCCAUUUCCACCAACGUCUCUUAAAUGUCCCAGACUGUCAUCUCAGAGUGACUGUCAAUCUCUCCAUCAUGUAAAUUUCCUGAACAGUUCCUCCCCAGUCUUCCAGUCUCUGUGAGUUGGGUUGUAACCACUUCCUUGUUAUCGUCUUCUUUGCUCCAAUUAGUAAUAUCUUCAUUAGAUAUUUGUCUGCUAUCACUUCAGUACGCAAUGCCAUGGUACUGAAAUACAUUAAGCUGACACUUAAUUGUAUAGUAAUUUGAAAUAUGAGUUCCAGACAAUCAUGAAUACCUUAAGACAAAAGUUUCAGACAAUCCCAAAAUAAAUGAUAAUGGUUAGCUAAAUCCGAACCACACUUCCUCCAACAAUAAAAAGUUUCAUGACGUUUUUUCAUCCAAAUUCCCUCCAGCUCUGUAAAUUGGUGGUUUUCCAAUGUAAUUUACAGAUAUCUUCCCAUUCUUCCUCAGAUCUGACCAAAUCUCUCUCCCUCUCCUAUCUACAUUUAAUAUGAAGGGAGUCUUGAAAACUUUUAUAUAAUCUAGAUAUUAAUUUCUUUCCACUCCCAGGCUUUUAGAAUAGAACUUGUCAAUUUCUCUUUCAGGAUUGAGGUAUUUCAUGAUAAGCUUCAAGUUCAGUUGUCUUUGGUCUAAUCUGUUUUGAGUAAUCUUACCAUGUUGUCCUUGUUAUAAUCCUGGUUAAAAGAACUCCUGUCUGUGUUUCAGUGACCACCGGUCUGCUGAUGUCGGCGUAG